AUGACCAGCCCAUCCGCGCCGCCGCCCUGCCCUCACCUCGCCGCGCACCGCCUCACCUCGCGCCCGCUCCGCUUCCUCCGCCGCUGCCUCCGCGUGCGCCCGCUCGGCCGCCCCGAGAUCCGCCGCGACGCGCGCGAGGUGCCCCGCUGCUCCCCCUGCCCCUCCUCCUCCCCGCCCCCCGCCCGCCUCUACGCCUGCCUCUCCUGCGCCACCGUCUUCUGCCCCUCCCACGCCGCCUCCCACGCCUCCUCCUCCUCCCCGGGCCACCAGAUCGCAGUCGACGUCGACCGCGCCGAGCUCUUCUGCGCCGCCUGCGGGGACCAGGUCUACGACCCGGACUUCGACCACGCCGUCGUCCUCGCCCAGUCCACCGCACUCCACCCCCCGUCCACCUCCACCUCCACCCCCACACCCGCCCCCCGCAAGCGCCGCCGCGUCGACUACCGCGCCUGGGCGCCAGAUCCGGCCGAAUCCGCACUCGUGAGCUCCGCCGCCGAUCCCACCACUUCCGCAUCCGCCACGGAACCAGCUGGCCUGCGCGGGCUAAACAACCUCGGCAACACCUGCUUCAUGAACUCCGUGCUCCAGGCGCUCCUCCACGCGCCGCCGCUCCGGAACUACUUCCUCGGCGAUCGCCACAACCGAUUCCUCUGCCCGCGCCGCACGCCCAUGAGGCACCGCGCCACCGAUGCGGACGCCAAGGCCGCCUGCCUCGCCUGCGAUCUCGACGAGAUCUACUCGGCAACCUUCUCGGGGGAGCGCACGCCAUACAGCCCCGCCAAGUUCCUCUAUAGCUGGUGGCAGCAUGCAACAAACCUUGCAAGCUAUGAGCAACAGGAUGCACAUGAAUUUUUUAUCUCCAUCCUUGACCAUAUUCAUGAAAAUAUAAAGGAUGAUGAGCACAAAUCACAUGAACAAGGCCAUGGAGACUGUUGCAUUGCACACCGGGUGUUUUCUGGUAUCCUGAGAUCAGAUGUCAUCUGCACAAAUUGUGGGUUCUCAUCCACAACUUUUGAACCUUGCAUGGACUUCUCUUUAGACUUGGAUGCUGGAUGUAACGUUUCUCGUGGUGUUGCAAACCCAAAAGCACGCAAUGGAGAGAGGAACUUAGCUGGCAUGAAUCCCAAGGUAUCAUCAACACUCAUGAGAUGUUUGGAGCGGUUUACCAGGGCUGAGAGGCUAGAUGCUGACCAGAAGUUCUUCUGUGAACGUUGCAAGGAGAGGCAAGAGUCCCUUAAGCAAAUGUCCAUUCGGAGGCUUCCACUUGUUUCCUGCUUUCACAUCAAGAGAUUUGAGCAUUCGUCAGUUAAGAAGAUGUCAAGGAAGGUUGAUCACUCUUUGCAGUUCCCUUUUUCUCUUGACAUGGCACCUUACCUGUCAUCCUCAGUUCUCAGAAGCAGAUAUGGGAACCGCAUAUUUCCAUCAGAAUCCAUAGAUUCAGAAGCAGUUUCGGAAUUGUCUUCAGAAUUUGAAAUAUUUGCGGUGAUCACACAUAGUGGCAAGCUAGAUGCUGGCCACUACGUGACUUAUCUCAGGUUAAACAAUCAGUGGUACAGAUGCGAUGAUGCAUGGGUAACCAGAGUUGAUGAGCAUACUGUCAGGACUUCCCAAGCAUAUAUGCUCUUCUAUGUGCAGAAGACGCUUUACUAUAAAGCUUGUGAAAGGCCAGCUGCAGUCUGAAUGAUUUUGAACAAAUACUGAGAGCCUUAUUCUGUACCACCAGGAAAUACCGCCAUCAUGUGAUAGA